UAUUAGUAGAAACUGUAAAGGAGAAAUGUCUAAAUGUUUUCAAAAUUUUUCUAAUACUUUAAACUUAAGUAUAUUGAAUUUGAUGGCUACAGACCCAAGGAUUCAUUAUUGCGAUGCCCCAAAUACGGUUUCAUUAUUAGGAUUAAUAAUCGCGUUAUUUUGCAUACCUCACAUGCACGUCCAUUUUUGCAGCGAUGAAUUACAAUAACAACUUGACACGAAUGACAUAAGCAUAACUCGUAGUCUUGAUAUUAAUAGCCGCGAUGUGGGAAGUCACUUAUAUACUCGUACAAUACAGAGCGUUAAUGUUAAUUAAUACACAGAUGGAGGAAAAACAGCUGAUUUAAACAGCCCUCUUUUAGUUUUUAAUCAUUCAAUGUAAUUUUAUUUUGUAUUAUUAAUUUCAAUUACUUUAGCCUACUCGAUGUCAAGGUAAUCGCUUAAUACUUGGUUCUUCUUCUGAAAUCAUCCUCGUUCGAUUUUCACAGAUGUGCACUAAUACGGUCAUUUUUCAGAGAUACUCUCCAAGUCAUCGGCAGUGAUAAUUGCACGUUCAAUUCCGAGCAGAAAGCUCUGGGUAAAAACGAUUUCACGAAAAUCCCUAACGGCGUGAACGGUGUCGAGGACAGGAUGACCGUGCUCUGGGAGAAGGGCGUGCAUGCCGGAAUAAUGCAUCCCACGCGAUUCGUUGCAGUCACUAGCACGAAUGCCGCCAGGAUCUUCAACUUGUAUCCUCGAAAGGGAGUCGUAGCCGUCGGCUCGGACGCUGACAUUGUCGUCUGGGACCCCAACAGGAAGCGCACCAUUUCCGCUCAGACCCAUGUCCAGGCCGUUGACUUCAACAUCUUCGAGGGUAUGGAAGUAACUGCCGUACCUGAAUAUGUGAUUGUCAAUGGACGCGUAUGCGUGGAUGAGUGUGAGCUCAAAGCUGUUCACGGCUUCGGAAAAUAUAUAAAUACGGAGCCAUUUGGCACUUAUGUGUACGACAUGAUAAACGAUAAGGAAAAGAAACCACGUGGUGUCGCACGAACCGAAGCGGAGGCUAAGAGAUACGCGGAGGAAGACGCCGCGAUCGCGAAGGCUAAGGAAGAGGCGAGAGCGGCCGCUGCAACCGCAGCCGCAGCUGCAGCACGAGCUGAUCAUACCAACGGUUCACUUGACGUACCUGUGUACCUGUGUACCUUGCCGACCUCUGCCGUAAUGACGCCAUCUACGAAAGGUCCGAGACACGAAGGUCAGAGAAACAUGCAAGAUUCUACUUUCUCCAUCAGCGAGGAAACUCUCGAAGAAGGACGAAGGGCAUGCAUUCGUGUGAAUAAUCCACCGGGUGGCCGCAGUGCGGGAGGCUUUUGGUAAUUUAUACAAAAAAAGAGAACAUCAAGAUUCGCUUUAUAUAUAAAGGUCACUUAACGCGAGAAAGGAAUAUUUAUCCUCUUUCUUCCUUCCUUCAUCUAUCAUAUACAUACAUAUAUACAUAUGCUUUAUUCAUUUCGAAGAGUACCAACCCGCGCUUUCAGGUUCGCUACUCACCAAAUAUUGUUCUAAAUUCAGUCAUUUUUUCACACUGUAUUCCCAUCGAUCAAGGUCUGUUCCAUCGAAGGAGGAUGCAGAGGUUGCUGGCCAGUAGGUUGUAUGUUCUCAUAUAUUCAUAUUAAUCGUUCCACACUCGCUUUAUUAUCAUUUUAGCAUCGCACUGUAUCACUAGCAUAUCUGAAUCAUUGGUCUUGAUACAUUCUCCGAUUUCUACAUUCGAAAUUUCAUCUGUUUCGGUUCUUUGAUAACGUUUAUAUCAAUAUAAGUUUUCUUUAAAAUCACUUUCGUUAUUUUCACUUGAAAAUUUAUUUAUUGUUACAUACAUAAAGACGUAUAUAUAUAUA